AUGAGGGCGAAACCAGCUUACUUGCCUGAUAAGGGAUAUCUGAAUGAAAAUGGCAUACCUAUUUAUCAUAUUUCACGAACAGUUUUAACUCCAGAACAACUGCAAAGAAUCAAAGAUUGUGGAGUCAAGUUCAGAGCAGGAAAAUUUUCUAAGGAGGAGAAUGAUCAAAUAAAGCGGAACUGGAAGAAAUAUGCAGAAGCAAACAAUAUUGAGCUGAGUCAGGCGUAUAAAUUUGCUGGAGGCAGUCGUUACCUGAUGGAUCGAGAUAAAUGGAAAGAUAUGCUUCAAUUUCAAGCUAAAACGAAUUUUAUUCCAUUAAUGUGCAAAGGACUAAAUGAUAGAUUGGGGCGACAAGUAAUUGCUAGGAUGUUCCAUCUAUUUCAUCCAUACGCAAAACAGAGGCCAAAAUGGAAUAAUGAACUUCAAAAAAAGUUUGAGGAACUGUAUGCUGAAGGGCUUCCUUCUGAGGUUAUAAGUUUGCGUUUAAAGCGACCGAAAACUGUUGUUGAUCAUCAUAUAAGCUUGUUGCGAUUAAGGAAGGGUAAUUUGAAUAAUGAUGAUGUUCAAGAAAUCGAAUUCGAUGAUAGUACAAGACAAGUAAUUUAUGACUUCAUUAAAAAACGAUUGACUAGGAGGCACAUUCCUCUAGGACUAGAAAAUAUGUUUCCUCCAGAAACGACAAAUUACAAUGUAGCAGAUUUUGCGAUGUUGGAAGAUCAGGAAAAGGCUAUGUCAUUUAUUCCUUGGGUGGUACUCACUCGGUCGAUGUUACGUCCUGUGCCUGUAAUCAGAAAAAUUUGGUCAAUGGAGGUCGAAAAGUUGCGUGAUGCUUGCAAAAGAUUUGAUGGCGACACACUGAAAGCCACAAACGCUUGCUUUCCACAAGUUCCUUCAAUAAGUGUCGGUGAAUACAAGCGUAGCUUGAAGUUAAUUUUAGAACAGAAUCCCGUAUAUCCAAAAAAUAUUGAUACGGAUUUACUGCAAAAACGAAUCAUGGAACAAAAUUUGGUCGGUUAUUGCACAAAUGGGUUACUGGAAUCUGAAUAUUUGAAGAGAAUAUCAUAUAGGCAGCUGAAAAAUUUUCUGUCGAAGAAUCAGAUAUUUCUCUCAUUUCCUCUUUGCGAUUGGAUCAAAAUUCUUUUGAAAUACCUGGAUACACUUGAUGAAAAUUCGAGGCAGUGGGUUUGUAAAUGGAAACCUAUAAAAGAUAUUUAUCUAGAAUUUAUGCGCAAAACUGGUAAAAAUAUAGAUGGUGCUGAUGACAACGAAGAAAAAGCCGGCAAAUAUGAUUUAGUAACAUUGGACUCGUCAAAUCAAAUCAAGGAAUCUUGUGUUAAUGGUUCAAAGGAGAAUAACGGAGUUGAGAAACAUCUGCUGAAGGAAGAAAUAACUUUUUAUAGGAAUCAGCAUGAAAACGUUAUUGAAAAACUGAAAAGGCUUGUGGAGUCUAGACUUGCAUUGUUUGAUGAUUCUCGACAGCAGAAAUUUGCCAGAAAAUUAGAAAGAGCAAUGAAAAAAGAUGAAAAAAUAGUGGCAUUACGAAAAUUAAUUGAAAAAAUGAUUUCAAAACUGGAGGAUGAAGAUGAGAGAAAGCUAAGUAAAAAAUACCGGAAAAUCAUUAAAAAAUAUCUGAUGGUAAGUGAAAAAACAACUUGUGCUGAUUUUAAUGAAAAAGAUACGGUAGUGGAAAAUGGUGGGAGCAUUGGAAACAAUGGUAUGGAGGAGUUUUCAGAAUGUCAAGCUUCAUACGGUAAGGAAUUGCCCGUGGAAGUGUGCUGUGAAAACGAAAAGGAAGUAGAUGAAAAUGUGGUUGUCAAAGUGUCAAGGAAGAAUAGGAAAAGGAAGGCGAGUGAGAUGAAUGUUCAUGAUGAGAAAAGAAGGCGGAAUUCACUUGCUUAUCAAUGCAAUUAG